CAUUUAUUCUCAUGAGCAACAUCCCUACUGCCGAUCUUGUAAGCCACGCGAAGGAGGUCUAUACUCGAGUUUUUGGAGGCGAGGCCGAGAUUGUUACCUCUGCUCCGGGUCGUCUGAACUUUGGAGGCGAGCACUGCGACUACAUGGGAGGAUACGUGCUACCUUUCCCCACAGUACUCCGUGGAGUCGCUGCUGGACGCCGAGUUCCUGGAAAGCAUUGCCGUGUGUAUUCUGAGUAUUUUGAUGAGACCAUCGAAUUUGAUUGCGAUGAGGCUCUGGAGCGUGGCCCGAAGGGAGAGUGGGCCAACUACUACAAGGGUAUGUGCCACUUCUACCUCCCCGAGAUGCCUGAAAAGGAGCUGGGUUUCGACAUGGUGUUCAUCUCCAACGUCACCAUCGGAGGAGGCAUCAGCUCUUCUGCCGCUGUCGAGAUCUCCUGCGGUCUGUUCAUUGAGCAGUGUCUGGGAAUCGACUUGGAUAAAAAGGACCGUGCGAUGCGAGCCUAUCACGCGGAGCACGAGUUCGUACAGAUGCCUUGCGGUGUGAUGGACCAAUUGAUCUCCGCCUGCGGCCACUACGGUCGCAUCUCGCUGAUCGACUGCAUUACGCAUGACAUGAAGGACUAUCCCAUCAACCCCAACACCGACCCCAACGCCGCGUUCCAGGAGUGGCCCGUCACGCUUCUGAAGCUGUACGUGCACGUGGAGCACAAGCUGGUGAACUCUGGCUUCGCGGAUCGCGUGCGCGAAAGCAACGAGGGCGAGCAGAUUCUGAAGAAGCGCUUCAAUGUGGACGGUAAAGAGCCGGUGCGCGCGCUGUGCCGCGGCGUGACGAUGGAAAUGCUGGAGGAGGUGAAGGGCGAAAUGAGCGAGGACGUGUACAAGCGCUGCUUCCAUAUGAUUCGCGAGACCGAUCGAACGCUGCGCUACGUCGAUUUGAUUCUGAAGGCGGACUGGGAGUCGAUCGGCAAGCUGUUCUACGAGUCGUACGACGAUUCGGUGAAGUAUUUCAAGAACGACCAUCCGGAUAUCACGGCCUGCAUCGAUGUGCUGAAGGAGAUCGGAUUGGAGGGAGGUGUGUAUGGAGGACGCAUGAUCGGAGGCGGCUGGGGCGGCUCGAUUCUCUGCAUUGUGAAGAAGGGAAUGGAAGACACGCUCAUUCCGCUGAUCCAGCAGAAGUGCGAUGAGAAGCUGCACAAGCCGAAUAGCUGCGAUGUGAUGAUUAUUAAGGAGGCGGGAGAUGGAGCUCGUGUGGAGCAUUAA